CUAGUGCAAAUCAUGAAUGGUGCUGCCAGUGUUUAAACCUUAGGACAGCAUGUCUUUGGAAAACGACAGACGGAAGCUGUAAACGUGACAAACAUGCAAGACGCAAACUUGCACAACAGCGCGUUUAUUGGAGCAGAGUGCCGCUGCGGUUACAUUUCAUCCGGGCAGCCCGUCUGUUAACCGGCAUCACUGACCCCCCCUCCUUUCCUCCCAUCGGCUCUCCGUGGCUCUCCGACCAGCUGUACCGUGGCUGUGAGUGUGUGGCGGCGGACCGACGAGCUGUGGGUCUGUGCUGUCCGCCUGCUGGGAGUGAGGCUUUGGACUGAUGUCUCUGCCUAUCAGGAAUUUAAAGUGUCUCUCGCCGGUCAUGUGCCAGUGUAAGGUCAUCUGCAGCAACCGGACCCUGUCUCUCAUGUUCGGCUGCAAGAAGUACAGGUACCAGGAUGAGGAGACGCCCCCCUUGGAGCACAGUCCAGCACAUCUGGCUCCAGGGAAAAGUGCCGAGAUGCUUCAUAUGAGCGACAAGAACCUCGCAGCCAUGGAGGCCAUACAUGGCUACACACCACACACACAUAUCUCCCCUGUCAAGCCUGUGUUGAUGUCUACGGGACACACUCCAAUGUACACCUCCGCUGUUUCCACACUGGGAAAUACUCCUCCAGUGGUGGUGAACACCGACACACUCGAUGGCUCCCCAUAUGUGAAUGGAACAGAAGGGGAAAUCGAGUACGAGGAGAUCACACUGGAGAGAGGUAACUCAGGCCUUGGCUUCAGCAUAGCGGGAGGAACAGAUAACCCCCACGUGGGCGACGACCCCAGCAUCUUCAUCACCAAAAUCAUACCUGGAGGAGCAGCAGCUCAGGAUGGCAGGCUCAGUGUGAAUGACUGCAUCCUAUUUGUGAAUGAUGUUGAUGUAAGAGAGGUGACACACAGCCAAGCUGUCGAGGCUCUUAAGGAGGCAGGUGCUAUCGUCCGCCUUUAUGUUCUCCGUAGAAAACCAGCAGCAGAGAAAGUCACUGAAAUCAAACUCAUCAAAGGGCCUAAAGGAUUAGGUUUCAGCAUUGCUGGAGGGGUGGGGAACCAGCACAUACCAGGAGAUAACAGUAUCUAUGUCACCAAGAUCAUCGAAGGCGGUGCGGCUCAUAAAGAUGGCCGUCUGCAGAUCGGGGACAAGAUCUUAGCAGUUGGUCACUCAAAUGUAAACAAUGUGUGUCUGGAAGAUGUGAUGCAUGAGGAUGCGGUGGGGGCUCUGAAGAACACAGCCGAGGUGGUGUACCUCAGGGUGGCCAAGCCCAACAACCUGUACCUGACCAACUCCUACAACCCCCCAGACCUCACCAGCACAUAUUCUCAUAUGGAUACUGAACUAAGUCAUCCUAACUAUCUUGGAUCAGAUUACCCACAAGCCCUCACUCCCACCUCACCUAGUCGGUUUUCUCCGGUCCUGCAUGGCUUGAUGGGAGAUGAUGACAUCCCCAGGGAUCCUCGCAGAGUUUUGAUCCAUCGAGGCUCCACAGGUUUGGGAUUCAACAUAGUUGGCGGAGAGGAUGGAGAGGGAAUUUUUAUCUCUUUCAUCCUGGCAGGGGGACCAGCUGACCUCAGCGGAGAGCUGCACAAGGGCGAUCAGAUCCUCAGUGUGAACGGCGUGGACCUGCGUAUGGCCACACAUGAGCAGGCCGCUGCUGCGCUGAAGAAUGCUGGUCAGACGGUGACCAUCAUAGCUCAGUACAGGCCUGAUGAGUACAGCCGGUUUGAGGCAAAGAUUCAUGACUUGAGAGAGCAGCUGAUGAACAGCAGCAUGGGCUCUGGGACCACGACGCUAAGGAGCAACCCAAAGAGAGGCUUCUACAUCAGGGCCCUUUUUGAUUAUGACAAGACUGCAGACUGUGGCUUCCUCAGUCAGGCACUGGGCUUCAAGUUUGGGGAUGUGCUGCAUGUGUUGGAUUGUGGAGACGAGGAAUGGUGGCAGGCCCGUAAGGUCUGCCCCCAGAAUGAGGCUGAGGAGGUUGGCUUUAUCCCUAGCAAGCACAGAUCAGACAUGACACUGGUUGAAAGGAAAGAGUGGUCACGUGUUAACACCAAAGAGAGGGACCAUGGUCGAGACAGCCUGAGCACUCAGGGGAGAGAUAAAACCUCACACAGUUAUGAGACUGUCACCCAAGUAGAAGUUCAUUAUGCGAGGCCCAUCAUCAUUCUGGGUCCCGUCAAAGACAGGAUAAAUGAUGACCUGUUGUCUGAGUUCCCUGAUAAGUUUGGAUCUUGUGUUCCCCACACCACGCGGCCCAAAAGAGAGUAUGAGGUGGACGGGCGGGACUAUCACUUUGUGUCAUCGCGGGAACAGAUGGAGAAGGACAUCCAAAGCCAUCGGUUCAUCGAGGCGGGCCAGUACAACAGUCACCUGUACGGCACAAGUGUGCAGAGUGUUCGCGAGGUGGCUGAACAGCAGGGGAAACACUGCAUCCUGGAUGUAUCAGCCAAUGCUGUGCGCAGACUACAAGCAGCUCAGCUUCAUCCCAUCGCCAUCUUUGUCCGGCCCAAAUCACUCGAGAAUGUCCUAGAGAUCAACACUCGCCUGACAGAGGAGCAGGCCAGGAAAGGGAUGGACCGAGCCCUCAAACUAGAGCAGGACUUCUUAGAGUGUUUCUCAGCUGUCGUGGAAGGGGACAGCUUUGAAGAGGUCUAUCACAAAGUAAAGACAGUGAUCGAGGAGCAAUCAGGGCCUUACAUCUGGAUCCCAACCCGGGAGAGGCUGUGAUGCUGCACCCGCCCGACCACCCCGCCCUUUUUCCUCCUCACAACCACCUACCGAUCGACACACCACUAUUCACCCCUCACUGCGGAGCCAGCCUUGCCUGCCUGCCUGCCUGUCUGUCUGUCCUCCAGCAAAGUCAGUGCUUAGGCGAUCACUGCGAAUGACACAGAGAGACUAAAGCAUACUAAGACAAACACAGAGACAAACAGAGCGGAGCAGAGAAGGAAACCAAACCAGAGACUCUGAGACAGAUGUGAACGCAGUAAUUAGCUGGAAAGAGACUAAGAGAAAGACUUAAUUAAUGUUCCACUUUAACGAGGCAGGAUUGAGUGUUGAGGCUCUGUUCACACUUGGCAUAAAAAUGCAUCUUGGCUACAAGUGGACAGCUCUAAAUACAUCUGUUACUGCUUAAGUACUGGGGACAGAAAAUGUCCUAAACACAGCAGAUUUAGCGCUGCCAAAGAACUUAGUGUGCAUUUGCUUUUUAUCAGUUUAUUCGCCAAACAGAUAAAAGCAAACAUGAAGCAAACUCCAAUCACAAGCUUGUAUCAAAGGGAUCUCGGAUGCAUUCUGGUGCCAGGUGUGAACUUCAGUCCAUCUCACCUGGAUCUCAACAAAGCCUUGAUAUAUCUUAUACCUUAACAGGGCUGGAAAGAGGGUGGGCCGAGGUAUUAUUUAAACAACCUCACCCUCCUCAGCUCUUGAGUCUGCUGUCACUCUUUAACGCCUCCAACCACUUAUGUCUGACACAGAGGUGCCCCAGAAGACUCUAGCCUCUCUUUUUAUAUCACCUCCUGGCUUCUCUCCUCCUCCUCCUCCUCCUCCUGUCAGUGCUGCCUUGUUUCAGGACAGGAAAGGAGGAAGACCGAGAAAGGGGCGCCCAGAUCCUGCUGAGUCUCUCUGGACGCGGAGUCUUUUCUCAGCAGUGAGUUCCUUUUUUUCUCUUCUCGGUUCUGAGUGAGAACACCUCAGCGACUGAGACUGAUGUUUGCUCAAUCACCCAUGUUGAAUAGGCAUUAUUUAAAGGCAGUUCUAAUAAUUAUAAUGAUAAAAACUCAUAUGCUAAAUUUGUGCAUGCAUCCUCAAAGACAAUGGUGACGGGAGUGAAACAAGGGAUAAAUCUGACAAAAAAAAGGGAAAAAAGAAAGGUGAGUUGGUAGGGUGGGCUCUCUUUCUCCACCUCCUUAUGGUGGAGGAGUUUUUUAAGCAUGAAGAAAGAAAAGAAGAGAGACACGGUCAUGAGAAGUGGUCAUGAGAGGCCGGUUAUGAGCGCAGUAGAAGCUCUGACACUUUGGCCUCUGCUCUCUUAUGCACAUGCAUUCACGCACCCACACACUCUCACAUCCACACACACCCCCAACACACACACACGCACACACACACACAUAAAUGUAGUUUUAACCUCAGCUAUAACCUAGCACACUCCUGUACAGGGGAGAGGGAGGGGGGAAGGGAGGGGAGAGGACUGGCUGUUCUGAGCUGCUCGUCAGGAUCCAGGAUGAAUGUUAUCUCUCUCGGCACAAACAGCAGAAACUCACCGAUCACUCUUCCAAAAGAACCCCUCAGCCGCAGACGUACACACUGUUUCCAGUGGCUGCAGUAUCAAAAAAAAAAAAAAGCCAUGGUGUAUGUGUGUGUGUGUGUGCUUGUGUGUCUGGUGUGUGUAUGUGCGCGUGAGUUUACUUGUGUGUGUGCGCAUAUGUGUGGAAACUCCUCUGCAUGGGAGGAAUAGGUCUUCUUUUAUUCUGUCUCUUCCACUUUUUCUCUGCUUCUUUCUCCCUCUUGUGUCCACACCAGUUAAAUCGAAGUCAUGUUUAACAAAUAAAUGGCCUAUAUAUAUACAUAGAUAUAAAUAUAAAUAUGAAUAUAAAUAUAUAUAUAUAUCUUUUUUAUGACAAUU